GCCACGAGCAUGGGGAUGCUGUUAAGGACGCUAGUGUUGCUGCAUCUCGCAGUCACGUUUGGCCAUGCUCAGCUGGCGUCAGGUGAUCGUGUGUACAAACCGGAAAUGGACGAUCUCUACAUUACGGUGAACGCGCGCACCCGAACGCUCGAGCUGGCGUGGCGCAAUUUCGACGAUCUAUCCAAUUACAUCCUGCUUGCCGAACAGUACCCGGUGGAGGCGUUCGAGCCGCUCUACUACCACUACACGAGCGGGCCCGCCUCAUCCACGACGGACGCAACCGAUGGGGGUCUCACGUCACCGGAAGUGACCACGGUGGCCGGCGGUGGUACUACCGAAAAUAGCGUCUCAACGACGGACGCCGGCGAGUACACGACCGAGGCCGAUACGGAGCUUGGUUGGGUGUACGAUUUCCGGGAUGAGUUUGGCUACCGGAAGAAGGAUGUGCUGUUUUCGCUGCAACCGGUCUACACCAACGGGUGGACGAAGACCGGUAUCAAAUUCAAUUACGAUCUCAUGAACACGGUCACCACCAAUACGAGCUGCUACGGGUACUACGCGUACUUUGUCACGCCGAAUGGGACCGUUUUGUCCGCACAUUGCCUGAAGCUGUACCCAACGUGGAUGGAGGAUCUGCGGCCACACCUGAGUGGGUUCCGAAUGCGCGAGCUCUUCAUACCUGGCACACACGAUUCGGCUUCAUAUAAGCGUGAUUUCGACCCACACUCCCAGGAGACGAUCAUCAGCAAAUACGCGCUCACGCAGGACGACGACAUCCGGUCGCAGCUUCUACAGGGCGUCCGGUACAUCGAUCUGCGCGUGGGUUACUACAAAAACAGUGGCCAACAGUUUUGGGCGAAUCACGGCAUCUCACGGAUGCACCCACUCGCCGACAUUCUCGCGCAAAUCAAGCGAUACGCGCUCGAAACCCGCGAGAUCAUCCUUGUGGACGUGCAGGAGUUCCCGGUGGGCUUCGGCAAGGAGUACGACAUCCACACGAAGCUUAUCCACUUCCUGCAGGAUGCGCUGCGUGACGUCAUGGCAAACCCAAGCAUCGGCUGGGAUGGAACGCUCGGGGAUGUGUGGGCCGGUGGCAAAACGGUGCUGCUCUGUUACGAUCACGAAUUCGCGUUCCGAUCGUAUUCCCACGUGGUGUGGCGAUCCGUCCAACAGCGCUGGGGCAACGUGCAGAAGGUGAACGAUCUCAAGGACUACCUGUUCAAGGUGCACAACCCGAGGGGCUUCCGAGAAUUCUCGUACCGACCGGUGGCGGACAUGGCCGAACUGACGCCCGAUCCCUGGGGUGUCAUCACGGACCGGUACGGUGGGCUGCGCAAGAUGGCCGACUCGGUGAACCGGUUCGUGACCAAGUGGUACUUCGAGGAACUCGGCCCAUCCGCCAACGUGGUCGCGGUCGAUUUCGUCCGCGGCACCAGCAUCGUCGAGGCGGCCAUCUACUGGAACCUGAAGCGCGUACCAAAUCGUUCAAUAAAGCUCGCCUUCUGA